UCUUUAACGAGGAGGGCUAUGCAAGCCUAUUUUGAUUAUUGUCGAAAUGGAAAAGCCCACUUCGACUUCCUAAAGUCGGCCUAUCACUCUCAUAAUUACACGUCCUCCGAUUUCACGCUCUGCGCUACGGACGCGUUCUCCGUCACUUUCUCUUCUCUUUACUUCUGCGCCUUUUGCGCCUCCGGAGCAGCACGAUGGCGGCAAAUUCACUUACGGGAGCAUCAAUCUCCAUGCGGUCUCGCUUUCCUCAAUCGAAUCACAGUCUGGUUCGUCUUGUUUUCCAUCUCGAUCCUUUGCUACUGUGGAUUUCGUUUUUCUUCCAUACUUCAUCUGCUGUUUUUCAGGUAUUUCAUUCUAUUUCUGGGAGAAGCAACGUUUCCUUUAGUUGGCAGCCACACUUCACUCGCCUUAGAGUCACCUGUGCUGCUAAACCUGAGACAGUGGAAAAGGUUUGCAAGAUAGUGAAAAAGCAGCUAGCCCUACCAGAUGAUUCGAAUGUCACUGGCGAGUCAAAAUUUGCUGCUCUUGGAGCCGAUUCCCUUGACACGGUUGAGAUCGUGAUGGGACUGGAGGAGGAAUUUGGUAUUAGCGUGGAAGAGGAUAGUGCGCAGAACAUCACAACAGUUCAGGAAGCUGCGGAUCUUAUUGAGGCGAUAAUUGAGAAACAAAUUCCUUAGCACUGAUCCAUAUUCAUAAUCUGGGCUAAUGUGAAGUUCAUCAGAGUAUGCUAGUUGCGAAUUUUGGAAUUGCUUCUUUUGUUGGGAGAACAAAUAAAACAAACAAGCCUCGUGUAGAUCUUGAAACUUAAGAAAGGGAUUCCAUAGUUUUGUUGAGUCAUGCUGACUUCAUUGACAAGAGAACUGGCCAUUGCGGCAAUUGCGUUAGCGUGAAUUAAUAUUUAACCAGAAAAUAAGUGUUUACUUACUAAUAAAUAUUGGUUCAAUUUGUAAAGAUUUGGUUUACAUCCUGCAAGAGUAUGAUUUUAAAUUUUAA